UGUGUGUGCGCGUGCCGUGAACGCGGAACUAAUGCUCGUGAGCGCCGGUGUUUUCGGUCGGGCUGUUUUUCCUGCAGCACGUGACUAGCGGUGAAAUAUGUCGAGUUCAUACAGAAACAGGAUUCAGGAGUUCAAGGCGGCUUUGAGCGAGCAGAAGAUUCACUUGCUGUCUUUACGUCAACUCUGUUUCAGUGGGAUUCCGUGUGAAAGCGGCAUUCGCUCUUUGUGUUGGAAGAUUCUGCUGAAUUAUCUGCCGCUGGAUCAGACAUUAUGGGAGUCUUUUCUGAAAAAACAGAGGGAUGUGUACGCUCAGUUUCUGAGAGAGAUGAUCAUUCAGCCGGGAAUCGCCAAGGCCAAUCUGGGCGUGUCUCGUGAGGAUGUGACGCUGGAAGAUCACCCUCUGAAUCCAAACCCAGACAGCCGAUGGAACACAUACUUCAAAGACAAUGAAGUUCUGCUGCAGAUCGACAAAGACGUCAGACGGCUCUAUCCAGACAUGGCCUUCUUCCAGCGGCCCACCGACUUCCCCUGCCAGCUCAUCUUAGACCCUCAGAAUGAGUACGAGACGUUACGCCGGCGUGUGGAACAGACAACACUGAAAGCUCAAACCGUCAACCGCAACCGCAGCGGCGUCACUAACGUGAGUUCUCCGGGGAAGGCGUUAAACUUGUAUCCCUCCAACGAGUACGAGGUUUUACCCAACGGCUGUGAAGCUCACUGGGAGGUGGUGGAACGCAUUCUCUUCAUCUACGCUAAACUGAACCCGGGCAUCGCUUACGUCCAGGGCAUGAAUGAGAUCGUGGGACCGAUAUACUACACCUUCGCUACGGACCCUGACAGCCAGUGGAAAGAACACGCGGAGGCCGACACGUUCUUCUGCUUCACCAGUCUGAUGUCAGAGAACAGAGAUAAUUUCAUCAAGAGUCUGGACGACUCGCAGUGCGGCAUCACAUUCAAGAUGGAGAGCGUGUUCUCCAAACUGAAGGAGAAAGACACCGAGCUCUACAUGAAACUGCAAGAGCAGAACAUCAAGCCUCAGUAUUUCACCUUCCGCUGGUUGACGCUGUUGCUCUCUCAAGAGUUUCUGUUGCCAGACGUCAUCAGGAUUUGGGAUUCGCUGUUUUCCGAACAGGAUCGCUUCGAGUUUCUCAUCCCCGUCUGCUGUGCCAUGCUGAUACUGAUUCGGGAUCAGUUGCUGUCUGGAGACUUCACAGUCAACAUGAGAUUACUGCAGGAUUAUCCCAUCUCUGAUGUUCACACCAUACUCACUAAAGCUAAAGAGCUGCAGGACGGCUCAUCGUGACGAGAGAAACCACGCUAACCUGACAACGCCCCUGACAGCGCCAUCUCGCCACCAACGGGAUCAUCGUUUGCCUUCGUGUGAUUGAGUGUUGGAGUCUUGCCAUCUGAACUUUUUUGAAGAAUGAAACUGUACACACACACACACACACACACACACUCCAGAAACAGCCCAAACACUCCAAAUGAUGAAUUUUAUACUCCUGUAUUUAUAUCAGCUAUUGUUUACUGCUUUUUAUUCUCUGUCGCACUUUGUUUGAUUCGUUGAAUAUCUUAUGUUGUGUCUUUUAUAUAUGAACAAAAAUCUUACCUACAGUUUUAUGGAUUACUGAAGACGUUAGAUUUAGAUGACAUGCUGACAGCUUCAUCGCUUCAUUCUGAUGAAUAACAAACUAUCUGUUUGUACAGCAUGAUGCUUCGAGCGCUAAAGCCGCCGGAUAACGUUUGUUUGUGUCACAGAUCGGCUUUGUUUUGUCCCUUUUAGUCAUCUGUAGAGAUGAUCUUUUCUGACAGCCCCUGUAUCCCAUCAGCCCUUUCUUUACAUACAAACAUAAUGAAAAAUCAGAACGUGAUGUCAUUAACAUUCUGUCAGUGGAAUUUCAGUGUUGUUUUGGCGUUUAUGUUGAAGUAUUUAAGGGCUUGGGUGAAAAUAUCUGAUCAGGAAUUAACACUAACGUUCUUUUGACCGUAUGAAGCUUUUAAACAUAACUGUUGUGUUUUUUUGCAUAAUGGAUGUAGCAGAUGAUGCUCUUCUUUUUUAUCUCUUUUCUCUGGAAUGUGUGACCACACGUGUCUUUCUCUGUGCGUGUGUGUGUGUGUUUGUGCUGCACAUUCGGUUUCUUUUGCAUGUGAAGAUGUUUUUGUAUGAACACAUCUAUAGUUCUUGCUGUUAAAUAUCAAUGUUUUUACAGUGCUUGUAGAAGAACAAUAAACACUUUUAAAGACCUUAUAAAGCGCGAGUGUGUGGCACUGAAACACUCCAAG